GGUAACCGGUGAGCUCUCUCCCAGCGCGGCUGUAAACUUCAGCAUUAUCCUACACACUGAAGUCUCAUCAGAAGGACUGCAGCAGCCAGCGCCUUAGUGAUGAUGAACGCUUCCAAGCCAGACAUCCUGUGGUCUCCGCAUCAUGCGGACCGUUUUGUGAUCUGCGACUCGGAGCUAAGUCUGUACCGAAUUGGGGCUGUUGGUACCUCGGAGGCCAAGGCUGGUGCUCUUCCUUUAUCUGAGGAGACGGCAGCCACACUGCUGGCCAUUAACUCGGACACGCCGUAUAUGAAAUGUGUCGCCUGGUACCCGAAACAUGAGCCGGAGUGUUUGCUCGCCGUCGGCCAGGCGAACGGCCGAAUUGUGCUCACCAGUCUCGGACAGAGCCACAACUCGAAGUGCAAGGAGCUUAUGGGGAAGGAGUUUGUUCCCAAACAUGCACGGCAGUGUAAUACACUGGCGUGGAACCCAGUGGACAGCAACUGGCUCGCCGCAGGACUAGAUAAGCAUCGAGCCGACUUCUCGGUAUUGAUAUGGGACAUCAGCAGUAAAUUCUCUCCAGAGGCCGUACCAGCUGAGAAGCUCCGUUUAUCUACAGAUGUGGAAUCUGGCAUGGUGGUGACAAAGCCUCUGUAUGAGCUAGGUCAAAACGAUGCAUGCUUGUCCCUCUGCUGGCUUGCUCGUGACCACCCGAAGCUUUUGCUGGCUGGCAUGCAUCGUAACCUGGCCAUUUUUGACCUGCGCAAUACAAGCCAGAAGACUUUUGUAAACACCAAAGCUGUACAGGGUGUUGCAGUGGACCCACACUUCCCAGAGCGCGUGGCAUCCUUCUUUGAAGGACAGGUGGCCAUCUGGGACAUUCGGCGCUUCGAGAAGCCAACAUUCACUUUGCCAGAACAGGCCAAACCUUUGACUAAAGUGGCAUGGUGCCCUACGAGGACUGGUCUGUUGGCUACGUUAACACGUGACGCCAAUGUGGUGCGCCUCUAUGACAUGCAGCACGCACCCACGGGGCCCGUCGGCUCAGAUGAGAGUGAGCCCACGGUAAUCGAACGGGGCGUGCAGCCAUGCGGCGUUGCUGACAGUGUCAUCAGCAGCUUCGCCUGGCACCCGUCUGUUCAAAACCGCAUGGUGGUGGUGGCGCCCAACCGAGCGAUGAGAGACUUCACGGUGUUCGAGCGCAUCUCUCUGGCCUGGAGCUCCACAACGUCGCUGAUGUGGGCGUGCGGGCGGCACCUGUACGAGUGCACCGAGGACACGGGGGACGCUGGCGAGAAAGACAUUGCCACCAAGAUGAUGGAGCGUGCUCAGUCACGUUACGGCCACGACACUGUUCAGGUGUGGAGGAAUCACCUGCUGGCUGGUGGGAACGACCCGCAGAUCAGGUCCCUCUGGUACACCCUGCAUUUCAUGCAGCAGUACACAGAUGACCUGGAACAGAGGCAACAGGGAAGCAAACAUCUCCUGAUCUAUUCAGGCAUCAAGAACAUCGUCAAAUCCAGCUCUGGCACUAUGGAGUCACGGCACUGCUGGAAGGGAUCGGAAAGGCCCACCGAUGUGGCGCAGUACCACAGCGAGGAGCGCAGUCUGGCCCUGCAGCUGUGUGGCUGGAUCAGCCGAGGGCCAGAUGUGGACGUCGAGCCUUUUCUCAGAUCCCUGGAGCAGGAAGGCGAGUGGGAGCGGGCCGCCUCUGUGGCCCUGUUCAAUCUCGAUAUCCGCCGUGCCAUUCAGAUCCUCAACAAAGGCGCCUCGGCAGAGAAAGGCGAUCUGAACCUGAACGUGGUGGCCAUGGCUCUGUCGGGCUAUACAGAUGAGAAGACGUCUCUGUGGAGGGAAAUGUGCAGCUCUCUUCGGCUUCAGCUGAAGAAACCUUACCUAUGUGUGAUGUUCGCCUUCCUCACCAGUGAACCUGGGGCGUACGAUGCCGUGCUGUACGAGAGUCGUGUGGCUGUUCGGGACCGAGUGGCCUUCGCCUGUAUGUUCCUCAAUGAUAAUCAGCUGCCUCGUUACAUUGAUAAGCUGAGCAGCGAGAUGAAGAACGCAGGAAAUUUGGAGGGAAUUCUGUUGACGGGACUGACAAAGGAUGGCGUAGAUCUGAUGGAGAGUUACGUAGAUCAUACGGGAGAUGUACAGACGGCCAGUUUCUGCAUGCUCAGGGGUUCGAGUCCUGAAGUGGUGAAAGAUGCUCGAGUGCAGUGCUGGAUUGAAAACUACCGAAACCUGCUGGACGCCUGGAGAUUCUGGCACAAACGGGCCGAAUUUGACAUCCACAGGAGCAAGCUGGACCCCAGCUCCAAACCCCUCGCGCAGGUGUUUGUGAGCUGUAACUUCUGUGGGAAAUCCAUAUCGUUCAGCUGCUCAGCCAUGCCCCACCAGGGCCGUGGCUUCAGCCAGUAUGGAGUCAGCGGUUCGCCCACCAAGUCAAAGGUCACCAGCUGUCCGGGCUGCCGAAAGCCACUUCCACGCUGCGCCCUCUGUCUCAUGAACAUGGGAACGCCGAUGACCUCUUGUACAGGUACGGGAAAGUCUGAUGAGAAAGUCGACAUCCUGAGAGAUAAGAAGCUCGCGCAGUUUAACAACUGGUUUACUUGGUGUCACAACUGUCGGCAUGGAGGUCACGCUGGCCACAUGCUUAGCUGGUUUAGAGAUCACAGUGAGUGUCCGGUCUCGGCCUGUACCUGUAAAUGCAUGCAGCUGGACACCACAGGUAACCUGGUGCCCUCAGACACCGUGUAAUACCAGAGCUGCGGAAACAAUCCACUCCACUGCUCACAACACCGGUCACCGGUCCCUAAACGUGGAUGCCCAUCUGGUGUCAUGUUGGACUGGUCCGUCGUAUGCCCGUGAUGGGCUGUGUGCAUCUACCUCCUCAGGUCCUGCGUCUUGAUGUGCUGAAUCAUGUGAAGAGCUCAUUGUGAGGCUGAAGAAGGGAAAGAUCAGCUACUGGCUGAUCUGAAUAAAACACCUCGGUUUAGUUUGGCCAAAAAUGACAUUUAAACACGUUUUCUGUUACCACAAAUUUACUUGAUUAGCCAAUGUUUGGUUUUGCAGUUUACAUGUUCAAUUAUGUUUGAGCUUUUAGGAUUCUCUAUUAGGAUUGUACCCUUUAAAAAAAACAUUAAGUGAGUGGCAGUUCUGGGGCAAAAAAAACCAGCAUGUUGAUGAGGGGCCAGUAGAGAAUGGCCCGACUGGUUUUAACGGACCGGAAGACUAAAGUAACUUGAAAAAACACUGUUCACCACCAUGUGGUCAAAAGAAAAAGCAAACACAGGUUCCUUUACAUUUUACUGGUUCCUUUUUACACACAUUCAUAAUAAAAGCCAACAGCCACUGGUUAACCUAUUGUACAGAGCAUAGGUAACAUGAAACCAUACAGUAUGAAUAAAGGCCAUCAGCGUCAACUGUCCACCUUAUUUAUAACCAGUUAAGGCUUCUGAGCAGUUCUAUGCUUCCAACUUGGUGAUAACAGUUUGGUAACAACCCUGUUCCAGCAUGACUGUCAAAGCAAGGUACUUAUUUAUUUAUUGGUUAGUUAUCUAGGGUCGUUUUAUACAACACAGGUAGUUACAGGUUAGACAUGAUUCACAGUUUUGUAUCUCCAAUUCACGACUUUGUACUGUGGGUCGAAACCCACACAGACACAGGGAGAACAUGCAAACUCCACACAGAAAGGAUAACUUCAUCUGGGAAUCGAACCCAGAACUUUCUCGCUUUAAGGUGACGGUGCUACCCAACGAGCCAUUGUGCUGCCCUGUUGAGGUCCAUAAAGACAUGGUUCGAUGUGAUGGAAUUGAAUCCUGACCUCAGUCCCAAUUAUCCUCAAUUCUGAGCCAGGCCUUCUCGUCCAACACUAGCACCUUAGUUUAUACUUUAUAAAUGCUGUUUCAACUAAACGGGUACAAAUUCCCAGACACAGUCUAAAAUCUUGUGGAAAGCCUUUGAAGACGAGCGAGUUUGUUUUAAACACAUGGCCAAAUCGUCAUUCCACAUUAUUAUUCAUAACAGAUUUAAUAUUUACUGCAGUCCACAGUGGAAUACGUUUCGUAUUUGUGCUGUAGCACCAAUAAUGUAGGUUCUAUGACUCGGUAGUUUUACACACAGUAUCCACACUGGUGGCUAAUUUCUAAUCAUUGGUGUAAUUUAAUUAUAUGAUUACAAUAAUUAGCUAGUGCUGUACUUACGUAUUUCGGCCAGUGUGAGAAUACUAUAAGACUGUAGUACUGAUAACAGUUGCUCUGUUUCUGUACUUAACACAUUUGGUCCACAUUAAGAUCUGAUAGUGUUUGCUGAAAGGUAUUUGUAAUUUGUUUGUGUAAAGGAAACACACACAUUGCUUAGUAGUUGAUUUUUUUUUAUUCACAAUAAAAUGCAAGUUUUCUAUCCA